ACGAGAGAGAGAAAUUCAUUCAGUCGGAUAUAUACAAAGCAUCAAAACGGGCGUUUCGACAUUGUCGUGAGUGAAGUGGAAUUGGCGAGAAUUUGCCACACAACAAGUUUGCCGAAUCUUAAUAAUUCAACAGUUGUGGAAUAAGUAUAAUUGCACUGUCGCUACUUCGCUGCAUAAUGAACACCGGAAAGCAUUUUGCUAAAGGAUCGUCUCCACCAGCACUGCCAAACGAUGGAAAGCUACGGCUCUAUUCGAUGCGCUUCUGUCCUUACGCGCAGCGUGUUCAUUUGAUUCUGGAUGCGAAGAAUAUACCGUAUCAUACAAUCUACAUCAACCUGAGCGAAAAACCGGAAUGGUACUUCGAGAAGAAUCCACUAGGAAAAGUACCGGCUCUGGAAGUGCCCGACAAAGCAAAGUUCACCUUGUUCGAAUCGCUGGUGGUUGCGGAUUACAUCGAGGAAGCAUACUCUGAUAAGCAAACGAAGUUGUAUCCAACCGAUCCAUUCCAAAAAGCACAAGAUCGCAUUCUCAUUGAACGGUUCAACGGUUCUGUAAUUUCCCCAUAUUACCGAAUCCUCUUCUCGAGCGAUGGCAUUCCUCCCGGAGCCAUCACCGAGUUUGGAACUGGUCUUGACAUCUUUGAGAAAGAACUCAAAAGCAGAGGCACUCCCUAUUAUGGUGGUGACAAACCUGGCAUGCUUGACUACAUGAUAUGGCCUUGGUGCGAGAGAGUGGAUCUACUUAAGUUUGCCCUCGGUGACAAGUAUGAACUGGAUAAGGAACGUUUCGGGAAAUUGUUGCAAUGGCGCGAUCUCAUGGAACAGGAUGAAGCAGUAAAAAAAUCGUUCUUGUCCACGGAAAACCAUACUAAAUUUUUGCAGAGUAGAAAACUGGGGGAGAAUAACUACGACAUUUUAUCAAACGAUGCGAAAAGAUUACGUGCGGCAUAAACGGGUUAUCCAUCGCUUGAUCAAUCUUAAACAUCCAUCUUAAGAUUUCGACGAUCACAUCAUUCAAGAAGAGUUGUGGUGUUACUGUGAAUACCAAUGCAACCCCUAUGAUAAGCAGAUUUAACGGUACUCGAAUUUGUAUGUUCCUUA